CGAGCGCUGCCCAGUUUCCCGGCUCCAGUCGCAUCGCUUCCCGCGGGGCUUUCUUUCCGUCAGCCAUGGGCUCGGGCGCCUCGUUCGCUGCGUUGCCGAAGGAGGCAUUGAAUGAGGCGUUCCAGGAGGAGGCGCUGACGCAGGUGAUGGGAGGCCUAAGCCGUGAGCAGCUGCAGACACUACAGAAGGUCGUCUCCACGGCACUUGACUCCAAGAAGCCGGGGCUGGGCAACGCGGACGCGGCCAGUGACAUGAAGCGCGCCAUGUGGAUGUGGUCCAAGGAGAUUGUCUCAGAAGCCUUUGACGAGAUCGGACUACCGAAUCCCAAAUGCAAUGGCAAGCAGCUGCUUGUGGGCGAGGUGGUGUGGAAGACGGAAGGGGACAAGUGGAAGGAGAUGGCGCCCUACGCCGCGCGGAAGUUUAUGGGGGACCAGUUCGACACCCCUGUCCCCUUCGAGCCCCCUGAGAGCGCCAAGAAGCGGGCGGUGUAUCUCUGGUCUGUGGAGCAAGUGGACGAGUUCCUCAAGGAGCUUGGGGUCAAGCCGCAGGGAAAGAGCGCAAAGGAAUUAGUGGCGGAUGACAUGGACUUGGAGGACGAAGACCGGACGAAGGUGAACAAGGAGGUGAACAAGCUGGCCUUAAUGUUCCAGGAGGACGUGAGCAUGGCCGACAGCAUGGGCAAUGCGGAGAAGGGCACAGACAUGCAGAGAGCCAUCUUCAUGUGGGACAAGGAGACCACGGCCAUGGCCUUGAAGGAGAUCAAGGUGAAAGACGCCCCGGAAGCCACGGGGAAGCAGCUCCUCGCUGGUGACGUGUCCUGGGAAAGCGCGGACAAGAAGAAGUGGGAGGAGGAGAUGCUGCCCAUGUGCGUGAUGAAUUUCCUCACGGACCAGGUCGAGGCUGACACACCCUUCGAGCCACCCGCGGAGGUCAAACAGCGGUGUGUGUACUUGUGGGACGAGGCCCAGGCUGACGAGUUCUUGAAGGAGAUGGACGUCAAGCCCAAGGGCAAGAGCGGGAAGCAGCUCCUGCAGCUUGGCGGGGAGCUGGAGCCCGAGUUGCGGAAGGCCUUGGCCAACGUGGGCGUCAUGUUCAUGCAAGACCUCGCGCAGCUCGCAUGAUGCGGGUAGCGCGAGCCGCGGUCGCAUUGCAUGCCUUCCAGAUGUGACUCGGGCUCUGGACCAGCUGCUAGAUCCUGGAUCAGCUGCUUGCAGGCCAACCUGUCA